GCCAGUGACGUCACCGGCCCGGUGCGCCGUCUGUGGGCGGGGCGGCGCCGGGUGCGUGACGGCUGAACAGCUGCGGGAAUCAUGGCUGCACGCCGAGCCUUGCACUUCGUGUUCAAAGUGGGAAACCGCUUCCAGACCGCGCGUUUCUAUCGGGAUGUCCUGGGGAUGAAGGUUCUGCGGCAUGAGGAAUUUGAAGAAGGCUGCAAAGCUUCCUGUAAUGGGCCUUAUGAUGGGAGAUGGAGUAAAACAAUGGUGGGAUUUGGGCCUGAGGAUGAUCAUUUUGUUGUAGAACUAACUUACAAUUACGGCAUCGGAGACUACAAGCUUGGCAACGACUUCCUGGGUAUCACGCUCGCUUCUAGCCAGGCUGUCAGCAAUGCUAAGAAGCUACAGUGGCCACUCACUGAAGUUGCAGAAGGUAUUUUUGAAACUGAGGCCCCAGGAGGAUACAAGUUCUACUUGCAGAAUUGCAAUCUACCCCAAUCAGAUCCUGUAUUAAAAGUAACUCUAACAGUGUCUGAUCUUCAGAAGUCCUUGAACUACUGGUCUAAUCUACUGGGAAUGAAAAUUUAUGAAAAAGAUGAAAAGAAGCAAAGGGCUUUGCUGGGCUAUGCUGAUAACCAGUGUAAACUGGAGCUGCAGGGCAUCAAGGGUGUAGUUGACCAUGCAGCAGCAUUUGGAAGAAUUGCCUUUUCUUGCCCCCAAAAGGAGUUGCCAGGCUUGGAAGACUUGAUGAAAAGGGAGAACCAGAAGAUUCUGACUCCUCUGGUGAGCCUGGAUACCCCAGGGAAGGCAACGGUGCAAGUGGUCAUUCUGGCUGACCCGGAUGGACAUGAAAUUUGCUUUGUUGGGGAUGAAGCAUUUCGAGAACUUUCUAAGAUGGAUCCAGAGGGAAGCAAAUUGUUAGAUGAUGCAAUGGCAGCAGAUAAAAGUGAUGAGUGGUUUGCUAAACACAAUAAACCAAAGGCUUCAGGUUAAUGGAAGACAUCACGUGGAACAAGCAUUUGUGAUUCCUGUCCAGCGCCUGUGAGGCCUGAUGUGUCUAUUCGUGAUAAAUGCUCUUACCAUUUGGUGGUUUCCUAUGCAGGCAAGGAGGCCUGAGGGAUGAAGAUUUGUGUAUUUCAAUCUUCGAAAGCUCUGAUAUAUUUUAGAAAUCAAUUACCAUUAAUCCAGGCAGGGGAGAACUCUUGCUGUAAUCUGCACUGUCA